UGCGAGAAAUUUGUUUAUUUCUUGUCUUUAUAUACGUUCCAUUUUGGUAUACGGCACCAUUGGCUGCGACUGCUCCGAAACAAGAUCUUGAUUUUCUUAAAGCAGUUUAUAAAUAUCGAUCAAUUGAUAAAAAGUUAUCCGACGCAGUAUUAGCGAAAUUCAAAAACCAUUUGUGGUAUUUAAGUCCAGAGGCAGCAGCUUUGUCAUUUUUUGACGAAAAUAUUUCGUCUGAUAUGAAACAGAAAAUGGUGGCGGCUCUGACGUCAAGUGGAGAGGAUCAGUUGGACUUUCCUAAACGCUUUAUUUUCAAUUCAGGAGAUUUUGAUUGGUUUCUUGACAAAGAUGUCGAUUAUUUUAUUAAUUAUGAUUCCGUAAAAUUUUUCGAAAGAUUCAACAUCGAUACAGACUUUCUCCAAUUGGAUUUCAGGAAGUGGUCAGACCAUCCAGAUUAUUUAAAAGGUUUCGAAAUCGUUAAGCAUUUGAAAGUGGUAAACGAUUCUGCGGAACGAGCUGUUAAACUAACUGAAGAAUAUAUUAAUACUUUAGCUAAGAACGAAGAUCAAAAACAAUAUGUCAUUCAGAUUAGAAAUUUUUUGUAGAACGUUCAAUUUCCUACAAAAAUAAUUCGAUGCCGCAGCAUUAUAUCAACUGGCUUCGCAAAGAAAAAAUUAAUAGCAAAAAGUACGAAAACUCCAUGUUAUUUAAACGGGAAAUGAAUCGUCUUUGCGGCACGGGUUAUUAUCAAUAUUAAGAGCUCAUAUGAGUUUCAUAAUUUUUUUUAGGGCAUUUACUAAAAAUUUUAGGGGCGCUGCAGAGUCAAAAAUCAAUUUGGGAAAUAACGGAC